GCCUCAAACAGCCAAGAUCAGUUAGCAGCACAGCUCCUCGUUGCGUGCUUGUCAACGACGCCGACCAAGAAGAACCGCCCGCCCUGCUUGCCUGAUACGCGGGAGGGAGCGUCCUUGUUUGUGCCGGCGGUCAUCGAGAGGUCUUGCACAGGGAGAGAAAGGAUGCCUGGGAAGCGGGUGACGCAGAGGCGCCUGGAUGCGUAUUUCACUGACCAAGGCGCCAUGCACAAGGAAAUUGUCAAGACCAUGAACCAGACGCUGGCGUCGAUCCCCAACUUUGACGACCUUGGCGACGAGACACAGGACAGGCUGCUCUCUGAACCAUUUCUGGAACCUCGCCUCUUGGCCAUCGACUACUCAGACGAGCACUGGGGAAAUCUCGUGGCGGAUCUGCGGGAGCUUGCUGCUGGACGAAAGCGGCACGAGGAGUGGCAACGGCAGAUUGAGGACCUCAAGAAACGACGAGGCACCCACCUGCACCUGUUCCGCUCCCCUCGUACGCGUGCUAAGAGGAAAACGUCAAAGGCACUCACAAUUGAAGUCGUUCACAACACCGACGACAGUGAGCCUUCACAGCCAAGCACGUCCUCAGAAACGUCGACUCCCGCGUCCUCAGACGCACUCGGCACGCUCCGACAGCCCGGUCGCGUCGACGAAGGUCUUGAGCAGCUGCUGUCACAAAUGAACAAGGAGACGACGAUGCGAAGAGAGGGGAGAACAGCGCAGUUGCGGCGCGCGGGCACGCCAAGCGACACUGUCACGCUCGACGUGCUGAGCGGUUUGGACGAUGACGAGGACGACGAUGGCGGUGACGUUGAUGUUGGGGAUGCGGCCGACCCUGUUCUCGACGAGGAGGUGCACGACUCACACCACCUACACCAGCACCAGCACCAGCGUCAGCCACGCGCCCAGCAUGCUGCUGCCAACGUCAAACAACAACAACAACAACAACAACAACAACAACAACAACAACAACAACAACAACAACAACAACAACAACAAUACGCAAGUGAUGAUGAUGACGGGGGUGAUUCGUGGGAACGGGAGUUUAUGCAGCUGAUGGACAAGGCCAUGCUGACCACCCCUGAACGGUCCCUCGCCGGCACAGUCGAUGACGCGUUUACGUCUCCAACACAAUUGCCUGCAAGCAGCGCCGUCAGGACAACGGAGAAGCGCGCCGUGUUGAGCAGCCGGCCGCAGUCGCGCGACAAACCCAGCGCAGCAUCACAACCACCACAACAGCCACAGCAAUACCACCAAACACGAACGCAUCCCACACAGCAGCUGCAAGCACAUCAACAGCAAGCACAGCAGAUGCAUCAAACACAGCAGCAGCAGCAGCAGCAGCAGCAGCAGCAGCGUGAAGCGAGGCGGAGGCCAUCACCGUCGCGUGAUUUGUUCCGCAAAGGGCAGCAGCGCAGCUACGACGACCUGAUUGACAUUGACGAGGUGAAGAAGUCGUCUCCAUCGCCGGAGCGUGGCGUACGCAGGGCACAGCAGCAGCAGCAACAGCAGCAGCAACAACAACAGCAGCAACAACAACAACAACAAGCUGUGCCCACGCGUCCACACCAGCAGGGGUAUGAGCAAGUGCAACUCCGCAAACACCACAGCCACCCACCCCAACAACAGCAGCAGCAGCAGCAGCAGCAACGGUACAGCGGUGUUCCGCGAAGAAUGAGUCAGGCGAGCAGGCAGGCGUCGGGCGCCCGCGUUGCACCGAGACGGCGCUCUGCCAACGUGCGCGCCACAGAGGUGUAGCAGCGCUGAUGUGAUGAUGAUGUUGCUGUUGUGGCGUGAUGAUGUUUUGUGAGACGUGACACUGACGUGUGAUGAUGAGCAGUCAUGUUUGUGGUUGCCUCCCAAAUAAAGGUCAUUUCCC